AUGUGCCGCGGCCCGCUUCGGGGACCCAGGCGCUCGGGCCUCCGGUCCCGGGCGGCGGUGUGCACAAUGGCGCCCGCUGCCUGCAGCUUGGGUGCGGGCUGCCCGAAAGACUCCGGGACUGACAGCCCUGAAACUUCGCGGGGAGGGGAAGGAAAGACGCGGAGGGAGAGGGUGUGGGGCAGCGUUGCGGGUGAUGGGGGAGGAACCGGGGAAGCUGGAGUACUGCCCCGGGGCACCAGGCAAAGGAGUCCUCCUUGCUUCAAGAACCUCUCCCAGCUGGUAGCUGUGCUCCCCUAUCCCUGGACAGGCGGGUGGUGUGAGCAGACAGAGACCAUCCAUGUGGAAGAGGAAGUAACUCCUCGGCAGGAGGACCUGGUACCCUGCACCAGUCUGUACCAUUAUAUCCGCCUAGGCUGGCAGCUGGACCUGCCCUGGAGUGGCCGUGUGGGGCUCACCAGGCCCCCAGCACUCGGGCUCUGUGCCAUCUACAAACCCCCAGAAACCCGGCCUGCUACUUGGAACCGGACAGUGAGGGCUUGCUGUCCAGGAUGGGGGGGUCCUCACUGUACUGACGCCCUCGCUGAAGCCAACCCUGCAGGCCACUGCUUUGCCACAUGGCAGUGCCAGCCUCCAGCAGGCUCAGCUAAUUCUUCAGCAGGGAGCCUGGAAGAAUGCUGCGCCCAGCCCUGGGGCCACAGCUGGUGGGACAGCAGCUCUGAGACGUGCCUCAGCUGUUUGGGUCAGCACCGCCCAGGCAAUGCUUCCUCUGAAGCCCUCCUGCAGCCCCUGGCAGGGGCUGUAGGCCAGCUCUGGAGCCGGCGCCAGCGUCUCUCAGCUACCUGUUCCACCUGGUCCGGCUUCCACUACCAAACCUUUGACGGGCGUCACUACCACUUCCUGGGCCAGUGUACCUACUUGCUAGCUGGUGCUGUGGAUUCCACCUGGGCUGUCCACCUCAGGCCUAGGGUCCACUGUCCCCAGCCUGGGCACUGUUGGCUGGUUCGAGUGAUGAUGGGUCCUGAGGAGGUGUUGAUCCAAGAUGGAGAGGUCUCUGUGAAGGGCCAGCCAGUGCCUGUUGGGGAGCCUCGGCUGCUUCACGCCUGGGUGUCUGGAUGCCGUGGAGGUGGCCCCGGGCUGUGAUGGUGUCCUGCAAGGUCCACAAACAGGCUUAGAAGCUGGCAAGCUCCAAGCUCAAGCCCAGGAUAUAUGCCACCAACUACUGGAGGAUCCGUUCUGGCAAUGUCAUGC